AUGCGAUCAACACAAGCGAGUGUCAUCGUUUUUCUAGCGCUUAUCACAUUAUUGAAUGCCUAUCAAUUGACUGUUCACCUCAGAUCCUUGGAUUUAAAUGGAUUCCUUAACGAUGGAAAGACGAAAUGCUCGAAAUUGUCGGCAUUCGGCGUGAAAUGCUAUCCACUUGUCGCGAUUUGUAUUGAGCGGAUUGCAGAUAAAACAAAUAAAGCUGACACUUGCCUCACCGGACCGUGGAUUGAGCUGGGUGUUUGGCCAGACAACGAAUCGAUCGAAUUUGGCAAGACGGAGAAACUCCGAGGAUGGUACAAUCCACAGGAUAUCGCAAUUGAUGGAAAUUUUGUUGGCUUUUACGUGAAACUUCGUGUACAGCACUACUAUGGAACAAUAGUCAAUCUGAUCGCUAACCAAAGCUGGGAGAUCAAGGAGUUCAAUGGAGGAGAUGUCGAUGAGAGGGAUGUAAAUGGAACGCAAAUCACAAGCUUCAAAUUCGCUUGGACAUGGAGUGGAGCCAGUCAUUCGACAGUCAGUCCGAAGACCGUUCCCACAACUGUAUCGACACGAUCAAGCACAACGGUGACAAAGGUGACAAAGGUGACACCGAUUGAUGCAUCAUCAACAACUGCACAGGUUACACAGAUAUCGACCACAGCCGAAACAGAUCCAUCUCCAAAAACCGGAACAGAUCCAUCUCCAAAAACCGGAACAGAUCCACCUUCAACAACCACAAAUAUC